AUGCGGCUUUUGCAGACACAUGGGCCUUGGCUUUCACUUUCAGGACCCCAAGUCCCCAAUCUGAAUCGCGCCUACACCGCCAAGAACGCAAGAAGCAGCGCCGCCGCCCAUGGACUGGUCGGAGGAGGGGAUCAACGAGGAGGAGGAGCCCACGCUGCGCAGGCGGACGGCGAGGCCGCGUUCUCCUCCACGCGGUCGACCCUUGCCUCUCCCGCGCCCUCCAGGAUCGAGGUCGCCGUCUCCUCGCCGAGGCGGUUUGGCGGACUUCUCAGGGUCGAGGUCGCCCUCGCCGCGCCGCGUCACAAUGAUGGCGACGAGGAUGGGCAGCUCAGUGCGGACGACCCGGAGGUCGCCACAGCCCAUAAGGCCCGGCGACGAUGGGGAGGAGGACACCGGCGUCAAGGAGAUCAUCGCCAAGAUGAGGGGAGGGCUUCCACUCCCGUGCCGUCGGAUGGCGCCGGCACGAGCGACUCUGGUCGCGGAGAAGGAGAAGGAGGUGGGGCGGACGAGGAGGAGCCGCAGAUGGAGGACGAGGAGGGCUUCGUCGCCUUCUCGUUCCAGGAUCUCGUGGGCCCGCUGGUCGUCGACGGGGAGGAGGUUCUUGACGCCUUCGUCGGCUCCGAUGAGGCGAGGGCGGGCAAAGCUGCGGCCGAGCUUCUGGAGGCCACCAUGGGCGCCAACACCGGGCCGAGGACCGAAGCGAUCAAGACUGAGCUCGUCGUCAACCGGCGGCUGCUCGACCUCGCGGGGCUGGAGCGGUGGAUGCGGACGGCGGAGGCGGUCUCCGAGCUCGAGUGGUUCACGGGCCUGUGCUGCGACGAGAACAACCCGCCACCGCAGAUCGACCUCUUCGAGUGCGCGUUCCGGGCCCUGGACAACGCGUCGGCCGUCGAGCUCCACCGCGGCGCUGGUGCCAGGAAGCGCUGGAUCGGCCCGGUGGGCGUACCGCAGUUCUUCAUCUGCCCCAUCUCCAACAAGAUCAUGGAGAACCCCGUGGUCAUCGCCUCCGGAAAGAUUCAGACUCUUCCAUGGCUGCAGACAGUUGAUCGUUCAGCUCUGGAGGAAUGGCAGAAGGAGAACCGACGCGUCUGUCCCGUCACCGGCGAGGUUCUCGCGUACACCAUGUGCAUCCCCAACGUCCUCAUCAAGCUCUGCAUCGAGCAUUGGCGUGCAGCAAAUAAGAUUGCAGGCGUGAUGGCAGCCACCGAUCCACCUGACAUUUCCCACGAGUUGGAAGUCCUGAUCGGGCAAGUCACCCUAAUGCCUCACUCCCCAAGAAGCUCCAAAGAAGUCCGGAACUCGCUUUUUCUGCUCCACGAGAUCCUCGUCGCCAACGAGCGCGCAGUCCUCGUCAGCGUCCUGCCGGAGACCUGCCUGGACCCUGAUGACCCUGAACUGGACGACAUCAUCAUCAGAAUCUUGGAGAAGGCGGCUUCCUACGGGCCCAACAAGGCGGUGUUCGGAGACGACCAGUACGCCGUGCCUGUGCUGAUCGCAAGGACAUUGCUGGGGCCAGUGCCGAUGCGAGCGAGGUGUGCUCACAUCCUCGGUCUGCUGGCCGACGACCACUACAACAAGAUCAAGAUCGGCGAGCUCGGAGGCUUCUCCCCACUGGUCGAGCUGCUCUACGUCGGAGACAAAGGCGCCAAGAAGACGGCGGCGAGGGUGAUUGCCAGACUCUGCGAGGCCCAGGAGAACCAGAGCAAGUUCCAGAAGGAGUUAGUGGUGGACGCCACCAUAUCCGCGCUGCGGAGCGACGGGCUAGAGGAGGCGGCCCAGGACAUCCUGCUGCGGAUUGCAGACUCUUCUGACACCUUGACGGAGGCCUUCUUGAAGCUCGUAUCAAUUAAGGACGACGAAAUGUGCCAGAAGAUGAGUGAGUUCCUUUGGAGAACCUUCGUUUUAAUGAAACGAGAAGACAAGCAGGACGUCGGUUCUUCCAUGACGGCCUCGAAGAAGGCUUGGGGUGAGAGGUCUUCUACAUCAUCAGACGCUGACAAGUCUUCUACGUCCUCCGAGGGGUCUGCAGAUCAGCGUGCAUUGAGAAAGCAGAACAAGGAAGAUGUCAAGACCAUCGUCUCAUGGCUGCAGAAGAGGUGCUCCUUCCCCAGGACAUACAGGUACAGGGAGGAUUGA